AUGUACAAAGAGAUGAGUGGUCUAGAUGGGGUGUGGUUGUUAACAACGGCAGCUUCUUUUCGUUUUCGAAUUGUCUGGAUAGAUUUAAGUCAGGUGUAUUGUGUAUAUGUUUUUUUUUUCAAGUCAUUUCCGUCUCAUAGUUACUUUUUGUUUUAUAUUCUUCUCCAUAAAGAAAGAGUUGUAAUAUUCGAAAAGCCACAGAGUGAGGAGGGAAAUGUACCCGAUGAAAACGACGCCAAAAGCUCCGCCCGGCCAAGAAAUCGAACCACCUUAAUUGAAAAAAAAAUUGCCACUUUCGAGAGGCUAAAACUAGAAGACGGAGCCGCCGAAAAAGGAGAAGAAAAAACUGAGAAGGCUGAGAAGACUGUAAAGGAAGUAAAGGAGAACAGAAGUCAAAGUUAUCUUCAAGUGACAGAUUCAACCUCUUUAAACUUGAACUUGGAAGGAAAAAGACGUGAUUCUCUUCAGCCCUCCAGAACUCCUCGCGCCCAAUCCUCUACCUUCCUGUCUGCGCGAGCAGCUUUCAUGGUGCUUACUUUGAUUGCUGUUGCCUUGGCGACGAGCAGUGCCCCCUCAGCAAAGAUCGUCAUCACCGUACCAGCCAGCUUUGUCAAGAAUGGUUCAAAGAUUUUCUUUAAGAAAGAUUUUCAUGGAAGGUUGUUACUGUCUGCAGGGUUGAAUGUACAACAUUUUCAACAAUUUGGUAAGACUGAAAACUUAGAAUCCUCUUAGUUUGACUAGAUCGGUUUAUGUCCCAACUCAUUUCUCCACGCAUGAACUCGAAGCAAAGUAAAACUGAACUGACAUAAAUUCGUUUGUAAAAGUUAAAGAAGUGUUUAUUAAGUAAAAGUUGCCAGUCUUCUUUAUGACCACAAUGCACAUGACUUUGGCGCGCCUUUGCUCUAACCGUUUAGAUCGCGUUCAGCACUUUUUACUGAGUAAUAGAGAGCUUAGGUAAACGCAAAACCAACGCGACCAUACACUCGAUUUUCACAGUCAUUAGAAAACCACACUAACAUCUCUUCAAUGGCACGAAAGUUUAAUUCUGUUUUGUUUUAUAUAUGAUUGCUCUGUUUAGCUGUACCUCCAGUUUCACACAAAGUAUCGUCCCUUGAUCAGUGCUCUAACGCCUGUGAAUUCGGAUGUGAAGAGCAAUCAAAGAAAUGCCUGUGCCUGAGAGGCUACGAGAUGACAGCGGAAGGCUGUCAGGGUAUGUACAAACACUCUCCUGUUUUCCUUCUCGUAAAAAUUAAAGAAAAAAAGCAUCAUACACUGAUGGAAACCUGUUUAGUCUAUCUAUGAUA